AUGUUCUCUAACAACCCAUUAUAUUAUCAUCCUAUUGCUGGUCACAUUAUGUCAGGACGGAGAUUUGAGAAAUUAUGUAGAUGUUUUAGUGUAAAAUAUGCAAAUGAUACAAAUCCAUUAGUAGGCCCCAUGAAAAAACUUUAUCCAGUAUUUGACAUGUUAAUUCAAAACUUUCAAAAGUCAUAUUUUCCCGAUGAAAAUCUAUCAUUGGACGAGUCAUUGUUAUUACAUCGAGGUAGAUUAGUAUGGCGAAAAUAUAGAAAAGGAAAAAAGGCUAAAUAUGGUAUAAAAUUCUACGAACUAUGUACUCAUGAUGGUUACGUUUUGAAUGUCGAUAUGUACAAAGGCAAACAAACAUCGUCAGCAGUUGAGGAGGGAGUAUCAAAAGUUGACAAUAUCGUCUUAACCCUUAUGAAACCGUUUUUAAAUAAAGGGCACAGCCUUUACAUGGACAAUUUUUAUAAUAGUGUGACUUUAACAAAUAUUCUAUUAGAAAAAAAAACCCAUACAACUGGUACUCUAAGGUCCAAUCGCAGAGGAAACCCAAAGGAAGUAACCACUAAAAAAUUAAAACGUGGUGAUCAUAUUUGGAGACGCAACAAAAAUGUUUACGUAUCCAAAUGGAGAGAUAAACGCGAUGUAUUAUGUUUAACUACUAAAAAUCAUCCAAAAAUUAUACCUUCAAAAACAAAUACGGCAUACUCAAAAAUAAACCAGCAGAAAUAG